AUGGAAGUAUCUGCUGCCGUUAAUAAAGUAGAUGAAAAAAAUGAGCAUGGAAAUGGUGUCAACCAAGUAGCCACUACUGAGUUAGAAGACGUUGGUACAACAAUUGAACCUUUUACUAAUGCAGUAGCAGGAGGAGAAGAUGCAAAUGGUGAAGAAACGAAAAAGAAGAAGAAUAAGAAGAAGAAAAAGAAGAAAGCUAACAAUAUUAAAAGUAUUGUUACAUUUUAUCCUGAUGAAAUUUAUCCUGAAGGUGAAUGGAUGAAUUAUGAUCAAGAUUUCAAUUUGAAAAGGACUACUGAUGAGGAAGGACGUUAUUUAAGUAGAGAUAUGGAGAAUCAGACUCAUUGGAAUGAAGUUAGGAAAGGUGCUGAGAUACAUCGUCGUGUUCGUAAGAAUGUUCAAAAUAAAUUGAAACCUGGUAUGACAUUGACAGAAAUUGCGGACAUUAUUGAGAAUGCCACUAGAAAAUUUACUGGAGCAGAAGAUUUGAAUAGUAUGGAGAAUCCAAAGAGUCAAGGGAUAGGGUUCCCCACUGGUCUUUCAAUAAAUCAUAUUGCCGCGCAUUUCACACCCAAUGCUGGAGAUAAGACUGUUUUGAAGCAUGAAGAUGUUAUGAAAGUUGAUUUUGGUGUUCAAGUCAAUGGUAACAUUAUUGAUUCUGCAUGGACAGUUUCAUUUGAUGAUAAAUAUGAUAAUUUGAUUACCGCGGUGCGUGAAGCUACAUACACGGGUAUUAAAGAAGCUGGUAUUGAUGUUAGAUUGACAGAUAUUGGGGAAGCCAUUCAAGAAGUGAUGGAAUCUUAUGAAGUGGAACUUAAUGGAGAAACUUUCCAAGUGAAACCAUGUAGAAAUUUAUGUGGACAUAAUAUUGGACCAUAUAGAAUUCAUGGUGGUAAAUCAGUCCCCAUUGUCAAAAACGGAGACAAUACGAAGAUGGAAGAAGGUGAACAUUUUGCCAUUGAAACUUUCGGGUCUACAGGACGUGGGUAUGUCGUGACUGAUGGAGAAUGUUCACAUUACGCUAGAACACCAAAUGUGACCACCAUGCCAAGUUUAAGUAGUGCUAAGAAAUUAUUAAAGACCAUUGACGAUAAAUUUGGUACGUUACCAUUUUGUCGUCGUUACCUGGACCGUCUAGGAGAGGAAAAAUAUCUGUUUGCAUUGAAUCAAUUAGUGAGACAAGGUAUUGUUCAAGAUUAUCCACCCUUAGUUGACAUUGAAGGGUCCUAUACGGCUCAAUUCGAGCAUACUAUAUUGUUACAUCCACAUAAGAAGGAAGUUGUGUCCAAGGGCCCAGAUUACUAG